AUGUCUUCUAUCCGCUUCCUGUGCCAGCGCUGCCACCAGGCUCUAAGGCUGAGCUGCUCCUCGGAGUCCGGGAGCCUCCCUGCAGCCCCGGCGCCCACCUCCGGGCAGGCUGAGCCCGGAGACACCCGGGAGCCCGGCGCCACCACCAGGGAGGUGACAGAUGCCGAGGAACAACAGGACGGCGCCUCUAGCAGACCCCUUCCAGGUGAUGGCAGUGUGUCCAAGGACCACGCCAACAUCUUCACCCUGCUGGGGGAGCUUGGCCCCAUGCAAACGCUCAGUAGCAUCCAGAAGGCAGCUGGGGACAUUUUUGACAUCGUCUCUGGCCAAGAAGAUGUGGACCAUCCCCUGUGUGAAGAGUGCACCGACAGUCUUCUAGAGCAGCUGGACAUCCAGCUCGCUCUCACAGAAGCUGAGAGUCAGAACUACCAACGCUGCCUGGAGACCGGGAUGCUGGCGACCAGCGAGGACGAGACGACGGCGGCGCUGCGGGCAGAGCUGCGGGACCUGGAGCUGCAGGAGGCCAGGCUGGUGCAGGAGCUGGAGGAUGUGGACAGGAACAAUGCAAGAGCAGCCACGGAUCUGGAGGCAGCCCAGGCAGAGGCUGCGGAGUUGGAUCAGCAGGAGAGGCAGUACUACAGGGACUACAGUGCCUUGAAGUGGCAGCAGCUAGAACUGCUUGACCAGCUGGGGAACGUGGAGAACCAGCUGCAAUAUGCCAGGGCCCAGAUGGACCGGUUGAAGGAAAUCAAUUGUUUCACUGCCACGUUUGAGAUCUGGGUGGAGGGCUCCUUGGGCGUCAUCAAUAAAUUCAGGUUGGGCUGCCUCCCCACUGUCCCUGUGGGCUGGAAUGAGAUUAACGCUGCCUGGGGACAGGUGGCUUUGCUGCUCCUUGCCCUGGCCAAUACAAUUGGACUGCAGUUUCAGAGGUAUCAACUCAUCCCCUGCGGAGACCAUUCCUAUCUGAAGCCUUUAACAGAUGACUGCACUGAGCUCCCCUUGUUCUGUUAUGGGGGGCAGGAUGUUUUCCUCAAUAACAAGUUCGACCGGGGGAUGGUGGCCUUCCUGGACUGCAUGCAGCAGUUCAAGGAAGAGGCUGAGAAGGGUGAGCUGGGCCUCUGUCUGCCCUACAGGAUCCAGGUGGAGACAGGCCUGAUGGAGGACUCUGGCAGCCGAGGGGAGUGCUAUUCCAUCAGAACCCAUCUGAACACGCAGGAGCUGUGGACAAAGGCACUCAAGUUCUUGCUUAUAAAUUUAAAGCAGAGUCUCAUCUGGGUUGCCUCAAGGUAUCAAAAGUAG